AUGAUUGCAGAAUGUCGAUUAUAUUAUAAAAAUAAUCCAUUAGAAUUGAAAAAAAUUGAUGAAUUCGAAAAUAAUUAUUCUCCUGAAACAGUUAUAAAUUGUGUUGGUAAUCUCGUUUGUCCGAAUUCAUUUUUUUCGACAACAGAAGAUCUUUUAUUAGCACAAUUAUUUGUUGCAGGUAGUUGUAAUUCCGAAUGUGUCUUAUUUCGAAUUGAUAUUUCUGAUUCGUAUUAUCAUAAUGUAAUUAAUACAUCAAAAUGUACAUGUCCAUUUUUAAAAUUAGAACAUUUAAGUCAAUAUCAAAGUGAAAAUGAAGUCAUCUUUUCGAUGGGAGCAUUAUUUCGAAUUGAAUCUAUUGAAAAAUAUGAUAUGUGGUAUGUUUGUCUAAAAUUUGAAGGAGAAAAUGAUGAAUCAGACGAAAAUUUUAACAUAACUGAAGAAUUACAAAACGGAAAAUACGAUUGGCAGGAUAGAUGUAAUGUUGAAGAUCGAAUUCUAUUAUUAACUGAAAAAUUUCCACAAUCAUCUAGAAAUAUUGUAAAUAUUUAUAUUAAAUAUGGUGUUUUUCAUGACAUAAAUAAAUUAACAAGUGAAGAAACUUUAACUACAUAUCGAAAAGGAUUUGAAUUAUUAACGAAAUGUUUGCCUAAUUAUAAUUAUUCAAUUACUGUUGCUAUGUAUUUGAGUAUUGCACUUCAUGUAGCCGAAACUUAUUUAUAUUUUGAUCAUAAUAGUUCACUUAUUUGUUAUAACUAUCUUGCCGUAAUUCAUCAAUUAGAAGAUCAAUACACAGAAGCAUUGUCAAUUUAUGAAAAAAUAUUAUCAAUUGCAAUUGAACAAGAUAAUAUAUCGGCAUUACUCGCUAUUUAUAAUGACAUAAGUUGUAUUACUGGUGACUUUGAUAAUUAUGACUACCAAAUGAUAUGUUUAGAAAAGAUUGUAGAAAUUAGAAAAAAAUUAGGUUGCGAGACUUUAGAAGAUACUUAUUAUAAUUUUGGAUCGUGCUAUGAAAGACAAGAAAAUUUCGGUAUGGCAUUAUAUUAUUACAAACAAUAUUUUCUAUGUUUAAUGAAUAACAAUGCACGUAUGAUUGAUUUAAUGAGAAUCUAUUCUCAAAUCGGAAACAUGUACGAAAAAUAUAAUUAUUAUAUUGCAGCUUUACAAAUUUACAUUCGUAUUCUUAUGAUAGAAUUAACCCCACUACCGUUGUAUCAUCGUUCACUAUUUCAUAAAUAUGAAAAUGUAAUUAAAUCUAUUCAACGUUUAAUUAAAUGUAAAUAUUCAAAAAAAUUGAAACACUAUUUUCAAUUAUUAAUUUCAAGAUCAUCCUCUUCAAUUCUUUUUACCAAAUUUAUUAAAAAAAUUAAAAUUCUUUUCUAUUUCGAAUUAGAUCAUCCGAAUUCAUUAAAAACAUCUUUAAAUAUAUUACUCAAACGAGUUUUAAUAGAGUACAACAAUCGAAGAAUGUAUGAAAAUUCUUUGAAGAAUUUACAAAGACUAAGUAAACAAUUUCUACAAAUAAGAUCACCAUGUUUUGCAAAAAUCUAUUACAAUACACAAAUGUUACAAACAUUACAAUCAACAUUAGAUGAUUAUCGACUAUCUCUUUAUUUAAUUCAACGAGCUUAUUUUUCAACCUCUUAUGUUGAUCACUGUGAAGCACGAAAAAGUUAUUCAUCCACUAAAAAAUCUUCAACUGAUAUUGGACGAGUGAUUAAUGCAUUUACUCGUUCUUCUCAUGCAACUCUGUGCCAAAAUAGAAUACGACAAAAGCCUUGGCAUCGUCAUCGAUCGUCGUGGAUUUAUAAAUACCGAUUUUGUGGAUGUUUCAAGGAUUCAUCUGCAUUAUGGAAUCGCUGUACAAGACGAUGGGUUAAAUUUUGUAAGAUUUAA